CCGGAGCUCAACAGGCGACACCACCACCACCACACGAGGGUCUCCCGCACCCCGGACCACCAGUCAGUCCCCGCACCUACUCCGUCGCGGUCGGUGUUUCUUUGGCCGUUCUUCCCAGCGCCCGGCAGUGUUGUUGUCGCUGAGAGGGGUGACCAUCUCCUCCCUCCCCCCUCCCUCUCACCACACUCAUCCAGGCGCAAGUGUGGCCAGGAAACUUACCCUUUCUUUUGGCUAAUUAGACAACAGUCCUCGCGCGAAAAAGCAUGUGGACGUGAUACUUCUAAUCUCUUAAUUUUCCUUAGAGCAAGAUUUGAUUCGCUGUUAUGCUUUCCACUUUUAUUUCUGCGUUAGUGUGAGGCGAACUAAACAACUGACACCAUGGAACAGCAUAAAAAGUUUCACACUAAACUUUUUUUUUAGGUUAAGUUUUUCUUCUUCGUUAACUUUAUUGCUUCGCCCGGGAAGAACUAUUUACUUUAUGUGUGUCAAAAGUUGAAAUCAUUCGAAGAGAAAACAAACAAGACAUGCUAGAGACUUAGCCACUUCAGCGUCUCAAAUGACUAAACUCAAGACCUGGAAACAAAAAUCGACUGAAACUUGUAUCUGAAAGUCCAAGUGAAGUGUGACGUUCAGAGGCAGGACGAGGAGUGGCCGACACGGAGGACCAUUUCCAGUCAAUGACCCGGUGAGUGUUGACCUGUGGACCUGGUUACCUGGUCACCCGUGUACCUGCGGACUUGUGGACCUGGGGGCUUGGGACUGCGUAAAUAAGCCUGCCGUGACCUCUGACCUGGGGCUAUGUUCGCCAUGUUGAGCCAAGGUCACCUCGCUGCCCUCAUCUGUCUGGUGGCCUUCAUGGUGACCACAGCAGAAAACGGGAACAUCCCAGACAGGGGGACUGAGGUAAACAGUGGGUCCCCUUGGUCUGUGUCGGAGAAGGAGACCCAGGAUACCAGCUGGGCGCCUGAAGGGGUGGAUCCACAAGACACUUCGUCCUUAGAUGAUGAAGGCGCUGAAGGUGGAGGUGCAGGAUUGGCCAUCGAUUUGAGUUUGUUCGACUCAAUCAAUGGCAGCAGUGGGGAGUUUAACGAGUCGUGGCCGGAGCACAAACAGAAGCUAUGGCUCAAGCAGAUGCUCCUACGCCGUGAGGGAGAGUGUCAUCUCUACCAGCUCCUCGAGGCCAACACCACCUCCUCCGACCUACACCAGGAAGGAUCGUGGUGCCCUCGAGUGUGGGACAAAAUGCUGUGUUGGGCGCCCACACCACCUAACACCACCAUCACCCAGCCCUGCCCUGACUACGUACCGGGUCUCAUAGCCGAGGCACGGGCAUCGAGGCGGUGUGGUGAUAAUGGGUCGUGGGCAGGAGGUCAGGGGCUGGGCUGGACCAACUACACCCCCUGUGUGGGUCACGUCGCCCACCCUACCUCCAUCACCAUCAGGUUCACCAUCAUAGGGGAAUGGCUGCCGACGAUCAAGAAGAUGUCAGUGGUGGGGUACAGUGUCUCCCUCGCCACGCUCGUCAUCUCCUUCAUCAUCCUCGCCUCUCUUAGGAAGCUGAGGUGUCCCAGGAACUUGUUACAUCUCCACCUGUUCGGGUCGUUUAUGCUCCGGGCGCUGGUGGUGCUGCUCAAGUCCUCACUCCUGAUGGACGGUAUCGCCCUCCCUCACAACUUCCACCUUCAGGACGGCGAGACUUACUACAAUGACGGCAGCCAGACGUGGGCAUGUAAGCUGAUGAUCUGUGUGUGGCAGUACUUCAUCCUGGCCAACUACUCUUGGCUGCUCAUGGAGGGUCUUUACCUCCACAGCCUCAUCUUCAUGGCACUCUUCACUGACUCCUCAGCCAUCACCCUCUACAUCCUCCUUGGUUGGGGACUGCCACUGGGGUGUGUGGGCAUCUGGGCCACGCUGAGAGCCACCCUGGAUGAUGCCCACUGCUGGACUGUCAACAACGUUCAGUGGAUCUUCUGGGUGUGCAUCCGGGCCCCUGUCGCCAUCUCUAAUCUCAUCAACUUCUUCUUCUUCCUGAAUGUGGUGCGCGUCCUCGUUCUCAAGCUCAGAUCAUCUAUAUCCGCCGAGUCCAUGAAGUACAGGUCAUUAUCAUCACCUAAUAUCUACACAACAAAGGACAAAUAUUUAUGGAAGCUGGGUAAGUCUACACUAGUACUGGUGCCACUGUUUGGUGUGCACUAUUUUGUGCUCUGGAGCCUCUCCACCUCCACCAAUGCUUAUGUGGAGAUCGUCUGGCUCUUCCUUGACCAGGUCUUCGCCUCCUUCCAGGGUUUCUUUGUAGCCGUACUGUACUGUUUGAUGAAUGGAGAAGUACGUCAAGAGCUAAGAAAACUGUACAAUAGGUGGUACAAAGGUGAUCCUCUGGUGGUAACUUCACACUCUACACUCGUCUCCCACACCAAGACAUAUGCCAGCCGUGGCAGGACGUCACUACACUCCAUUCACUCCCAAGCUGAGCGGCGUGAUCGACAGACACCCUCUCCUCAGAUGCUUAGGUCAAAUGGCGGCGAUGGACAGAGUUCUCGGCCUCGUACUCCCUCCCCUUCCCCCACACCCAUUCUCACCCCUUCGUAUGUGUCUAGGCAACAGUCAAAGGAUGCCACAGAACCAUUGUUCAUCGCUGGAUCCUUCAUCAUGCCGGAUAGGGAAUUAACUGAUGGUGAGGAGGACCUAGAUCUGAUGUCAGAGGCCAGACCAGGCCAGGUAUCAGAAGAUGACGUGAUAUGAGUAUGGGGCAAGGCUCAUCAGAGUCUGGUGAAGAAGCAAUAGAGUUACAGCCUCGCACUGCUUCAGACGGAGUUAAAUAUCAGCAAAAAUGUCCAAGAAUCAAGUUGUGAAGACCCGGCAUAUUUUCCUUCCUACCUCUCAACAAGUAAACCUGUCUCAGAUGAAGUAAAAUCUACUAAGAACAGUAGUGAAGGCACACCCGUUGAAAUACUAAUUGACCUUCAUGAAGAAAGUUACAAUUUCAAGAAAGAUACAACCCUGAAAAACAUUAACUCCAACCCCAGAAGUAAUGGCCCUGUCAUCUCAGAAUGGCCAAGUAAAUGGAAAGACAAAGGAGAAGCAUCUAACCUUUUCAGAAUCAACAGAGCAGUUUUUGAGUGCCAAAACAAGCCCAUCCAAAGAAAAUGGAUCUGUAUUAAUUGAAAGGACAAAUAGUAGCGAAGAUUAAAGCAAAGGAGUCAUUUGCGUUAAUGUGAAUAAAAAUAGUCUGAAAUCAACAACUCCUCUGCAAGUAGACUCACAUAUAGUGAAAAACAACAGUAAAGGAAAAGAACAGGAGACUAUGUUAUAAAAAGCCAAGUGAUGUGAUUAUAAGUGAAUAGAUACGCAAGAUAAUUUAGAAUAGAAGAAUGUAAGUGUGCGAUACCAAGGGUCUUUCCUCCUGUCUGCCUUUAUGCGACUUAGAUUGUGAUUUCCGACUUUAUCCAGGUUGCUGACUGGUAAUGCAGUUUCAUCACUUGUUCAUCUUACCACAAGAAGUUUGAUUUCCUGGAUAAUGUAGUUUCUGAUCUUCCAGCUUAUCUUUAGAAAUUAUUGAAUGUAAGUGAAAUUUUUAAGAAAUUUUUGGAAGUGGAAAGAAAAGUAACUGAAAUAAACUGGAUACAUUCUUCUGCAUCCUUGUGUUUAGUGACACUGGAGUGAUUUAUUAAGACACUGUUUCCUUAAUGGGAACUUCAUUGUUAGUGUUGUCUGGAUGAUACAUUCUGUUUAGUGCUGGGAAAAUGAGUAAGAUUUUUUAUCAAUGGUAACGUUGUAGUAUACCGUAGUCUUCAGUUUACAGGUGCUGUAGUAAAUAAUUGUGUCGGUACACUGUUACUGUAUGUGUAAGAACAUUAAUAUGGUGGCAGUGAAAGAUAUACCUUUAUAAAUAUUUUUUGUGUGCUUAUGCAUUAAGAGCCUUAGUGGCUUAUUUGAACAAAGAGUGAAUUAUAUGGAAUAAUAUCUUAGCUUGUAUUAGUGUAAGGGUUUAUUGCUAACUUGCUCCUGAGAAUACUAGAAGCGACAGAUGUAUUUACUGUACAGUAGUUCAUUUAUGUAGUACAUAAAUAUUAGGUAAAGGCAUAUUCUAUGUGAAGGCCUUUGAAGUGCAACCAAAUCUUCCCCAAAAAUUUAUAGAGUACUGGUACUUAUUUUUCAUAAUUAAAUAAAACUAUGAUGAUAUUGUAAACUACUAUGUGGAUAAGUAGAAAUAUAACAAUUA